GCCAGCCCCGAGGCCCGGGCAAAAGGCUGGGACUUUACUCCGGCGGCAGAGAGCGACCCGUGCUCCAUCAGCUGCAGCAACCGCCGCGCCCGCGCCCGAGCCACGAUGAGCGGCAGAGUCGGCGAUCUGAGCCCCAAGCAGAAGGAGGCGCUGGCCAAGUUUCGGGAGAAUGUCCAGGAUGUGCUGCCCACUCUGCCAAAUCCAGAUGACUAUUUUCUCCUGCGCUGGCUCCGAGCUAGAAACUUUGACCUGCAGAAGUCUGAAGCCAUGCUCCGGAAGCACGUGGAGUUCCGAAAGCAAAAGGACAUUGACAACAUCAUGAGCUGGCAGCCUCCAGAGGUGGUCCAACAGUAUCUGUCAGGGGGCAUGUGUGGCUAUGACCUGGAUGGCUGCCCCGUCUGGUACGAUGUCAUUGGACCUCUGGAUGCCAAGGGUCUGCUCCUCUCAGCCUCCAAGCAGGACUUGCUCAAGACCAAGAUGCGGGACUGUGAGCGGCUUCUUCAGGAGUGUGUCCGCCAGACCGAAAAGAUGGGGAAGAAGGUGGAGACAGUCACCCUGAUUUAUGACUGCGAGGGUCUUGGCCUCAAGCAUCUCUGGAAGCCUGCGGUGGAGGCCUAUGGAGAGUUUCUCUGCAUGUUUGAGGAAAACUAUCCCGAGACACUGAAGCGUCUUUUUGUUGUUAAAGCCCCCAAGCUGUUUCCUGUGGCCUAUAACCUCAUCAAGCCCUUCCUGAGUGAGGACACUCGCAAGAAGAUCAUGGUCCUGGGAGCAAACUGGAAGGAGGUGUUACUGAAAUAUAUCAGCCCUGACCAGCUGCCUAUGGAGUAUGGGGGUACCAUGACUGAUUCUGAUGGAGACCCCAAGUGCAAAUCCAAGAUCAACUACGGGGGUGACAUUCCGAAGAAGUAUUAUGUGCGAGAUCAAGUGAAACAGCAGUAUGAGCACAGUGUGCAGAUUUCUCGUGGCUCCUCCCACCAAGUGGAGUAUGAGAUCCUCUUCCCCGGCUGUGUCCUCAGGUGGCAGUUCAUGUCAGAUGGUUCAGACAUCGGUUUUGGGAUUUUUCUGAAGACCAAAAUGGGGGAGCGGCAGCGGGCAGGGGAGAUGACGGAGGUGCUUUCCAACCAGAGGUACAAUGCCCACCUGGUCCCUGAGGAUGGGACCCUCACCUGCAGCGAUCCUGGCAUCUAUGUCCUGCGGUUUGACAAUACCUACAGCUUCAUUCAUGCCAAGAAGGUCAGUUUCACUGUGGAGGUCCUGCUUCCAGACAAAGCCUCAGAAGAGAAGAUGAAACAGCUGGGGGCAGUCACCCCAAAGUAAUGCCUCCUCCCACAGAAGGCCUGGCUCCCUCAGUGUCUCCCUGUCAGUUUCUGUCCCUUGUAGCAGUCAUUUGCCCAGUAUCCAGAUGCCUCCCAAAAAACUGGGCUACAAGAAAGACCUUGGGCUGGAUUUGGGAAACUUUCAUUUCGGAAUUAGGAAGAGGGAGAGUAGCAGGAGAGGGUCCCCUUGCCGCUCAAAUUGCUAAGAAGUCCCAGGGUCUACCAUCCUAUAAGCUGUGCCAACUUGACCUGUCCAGUGACAGCUGAGACAGGAAGUGAAAGGGGGGGAGAUGGGGGUGGCAGCAGGGAAGAAAUUAGAAAAGGGGGGAGAGAUUGAGACCUAACACUUCAGGGAAGCCAGCUGUAGGGGAGGAACUUGUUCCCAAAUGAAAAUGUUAAGUCUAGAUCAUAAUGAGGAGUAUAGCAAGGUAGCAGGUUGCUAGAGUUAUGGUGGGGGUCACAAACUCUUCUAAACUUUCUAUCACCAAGGCUGGGAUCUUUUGGCUUUGCCUACCAGGUCUCAGAAGAUGGUCUGAGUCAGUGUAGAUCUUCCCACUCAGGGGUAGACAGGAAGGCCACCUUGAGAUUUUUGCAAUUCUUGGGACCCACUGGCUGUCUCUUUAAUUACUGAUUGUCAGUGACUCAGCUUCUCAGGACAGUGAGAUUUGGUGCCCAGCCACUGUCCUCCAACGUAAACAAAGCACAGGAAAAUUACCUCCAGGGAUCCCAGCUCCAUGAUGGGCCAGGGAGGUUAGGGGUGGGGGUGAGUCCUGAGGCUUCCACCCCCCCUUUUCAGUGCUGCCGGCCUCUCAUCAAGUUAACUCUCCAUUUGAGCACCCCACACAAAAAUGACAAGUGGGCUCAAAACAGAUCUCAGGGAGUGCAUUUCCCAGUCUGAGUCUCCCAUGGUGCCGGCCAGGCCGCUUCCUGACUGACCUCAGCAAUGCUUUGGCAGUCCCAUCUCUGUGGGAGGCAUUCGGCUGGUGCAUCGGGUUCCUGGUGUCUGGCGGGGAGGCUGCCCGGGCAGGGGGCCAAAGCCCGGGCCAGCAUCUGGGGGCAGCCACAAACGGCCUCACAGGUCCCCAGCCCCUCCAUCCACAGUGACGAACAGGGGGCGCUUGGCGACUGGAGGGCACGGACCCUGGGGGCAACCACAGCACUUAACACCACGCCCUGCAAGCGAACACUGGAAAACGAACCCGCCUGGGCCCUCGCAGGGACUGCUUUCCCUCUGAGACCCAGGCCCCGGCCCAGAGUGGGGAGAUGGUCUGGUGAAACUGAGUAGGGGCUGGGCUGCGUGGACAGCAGCCAGACCGCUUGGCAGGGGUCACCCCGACCUCGGUUUACAAAGCUCUGUUAGGAAAAUUAACCAAUGAAUAAAGCAACAUUCAGUGCA